CCAUAUAUGUAUUUUUCUUAGGGAUCUUUUCUGAUUGGGACUUCUUCAUAGAGUCACAUGCUACUUUUACGUCUUUACUUCUUUACUUCUUGGCUUUCUUAACUCUUAUACUCACUCGACUUUUUAUGUUGAUUCGAACACUCCCUCUAUUUAACUUACUUGAGGCUGGAGCCUUUCUUUUCUUUAUUUCCUUCAUGACAUUACAUCUUUCGUUUGAUCAAAGAUACUAAAGAUACUGCUAAAUUGAGCAAAUAUCUUUAAGCAUCAAUCGACCUACCGACUUCAAACAUUCUUGCUUUACCUCCCGUCAUUUCAUUGAACAACAUCCUCACACCUCAACUCAAUUUACUUUCUCAACAACCAGUCACCAGUCACCUACCAAACCGCACCUUCAAAAUGACAAACCCCUACACCAAUUCCCCACACAUAACCAAAGUCCCCCUCGAAACCAUCUCCAAACUUGCUCCCUUCUCCGGCCUCAUCCUCUCUAUAAUCCUAAUCCUCUACUUCCUAAUCCGCUACUACCUCCUCGAACCCAUUAUCCUUCCUCGUCUCUACAAAUCAACCUUUACAAGCAUGCCCCUUGGCUCUCCUCUCCGUCUCGGUUUCAUAAAUCAUCACAUCGCCGGCCUUACUAAACUUCUCAUCCUGCUUCUCGCUGCCUAUCCAUUCAUCUCGGUGACUUUCUUAACGGCUUCUCUACAUACACCGUUUGCGAAAGGAAGUCAGGUAACAAUGGGUGAUAUUUUGAUAGUGGCGGCGCAAAUGUUGAUAGCGAUGUAUAUAUUUGAGUUAUUGUAUCGACCGAAGAUUAGUCCAGUGAGUGUGGGACAUCAUGUUGGAACUAUUUUGAUUGGGCAGAGUGCUAUUGCUAUUAGUUUGGAUUUGGUGAAGGAAAGGGAUGCUACCAUUGAAUUUAUUUUGUGUACGGUUUGGGGUAUGUUUUUUCUUCCGUCUUCAUUUUCCGUUUCCCUUUCCCUUUCCCCUUCACCCAUUCCUCCCGCUCUCUCCCCAAACUAACAACCUCCAGGAGCCUUCGACAUCAUCUCAGAAUUUCUCCCCCAUCUAACCAUAAUCCUCUACCGCGUACAUCCCACCUCUCACGCCUUCCUCCGUAAAAUCUUCCGCAUCGCCGCAAUUACAACCUUUACAGGUACAAUAGCCGAAACAAUCCUCACAAUGUUUCUCUUCGGUAGUUUGUGGGAUCGAUGGACUUUAGCAUUUAAAAUAACAACUCCAAUGUUGCAUGUGGUGUUCAUGGCGGCGCAGUUGUGGGGGACGUGGAAUUUUGUGGGGUUGUAUAGGAGGCAGGGUUUGUUGAUGAGAGAGAUGGAGAAGAGAGGUGAGGAGGAGGCGGGGUUAGGGAUGGGGAUGGAAAUGGGGAAGAAGGGGAGUGUUAGUGAGAUGGAGGAGAAAGGGAAAUGGAAUAUGGAUUGGUGACGGCGACAAGAGGAGUUGGUUCCGGAGAAUAGUUCAAGGACGAGAGGAUAUUAUGAUAUCUGGAGGGAAAUGUCGAGAACAAGGUGAUGAAGAAUGAGGUAAUGGGGAAAUAAGUGUAGAUAUGUGGCGUUAUAUCGAGCAUUUUGGUAUUGGGAUAUGGCAUAGCAUCGGUAUGGGUACAUGGUGUAGAUUCGGGAGGUGUGGAUGAUUCAUGUAUAGGUAUGUGAGGAGUUUCUGGGAUUCAUCAAUUGCAUUUGUAUGAUAGAAAAAUAGUGG